AGCCGUGCCCCUGGCAGCGCUGCGCUGGCUACUCUCCGCCAUGCGGCCCCCGCGCUGGCGCGCCGGCGAUGAUCAUCGCCGCAACGCCCCUGCUGCCAGAGGCGCUGCGCGCGCCGGCGCGGGCCGAGGGCGAGCAGAUGGAUCCCGCAGCAGCACGCGAUGCGCUGAUGCGGGCCGUGGUCUGCUGCGACGAGGACGCGGCGCUGGAGGCCCUCGCGGCGGGGGCCGGCGUCGGGCACAAGGAGCCGGUGGCCGCUCCCCCUCCGCAUCCGCGCCCGGAAAUUCCGGCGAAUUGGCGGCCUGGGCUCGUACGAUGUCUACAAUCCUUCUCACACGCCCACAUCGAUGUGAGCCUUGGGACGCUCCGGUACGUGCUGAAGGCACGGUGGCAUAUUCACAAUGCUCAACGCAGAGACCUUGAAGGGACCUCAGAACACUCUGUUCAGGGCCUCGCGGCACGGUGGCAUACAUCUACAAGCGGCGUGCCAAGGCUCAUACAUGUUGAUCCUUGAAGGUGCAAGCAAGCUCGUUGAGAGUACGUUAAACAGGUCAGACAGCCGGUGUAGGGCACACAAGAUCACUCAGUUACCGUUAUGCGUUUGCAAAC